ACGUCAAACACACGGAAGAAGACGCCUGCUGCUUUUUCCUACUGCAGCUAUAUUUCUGAGAGGAGAGCCGUUUGGGUAUAUAUCAAAAUGGGUGGCUUGUUCUCCAGUCUUUUUUCCGGCCUGUUUGGCACCCGGGAGAUGAGGAUUCUAAUAUUAGGUUUAGAUGGAGCUGGAAAAACAACUAUUCUUUAUCGUCUGCAAGUUGGAGAAGUUGUCACAACUAUUCCCACAAUUGGUUUUAAUGUAGAAACUGUCACUUACAAGAACCUCAAGUUUCAAGUGUGGGAUCUUGGUGGCCAGACGAGUAUUCGACCAUACUGGAGGUGUUAUUACUCAAACACAGAUGCAGUCAUUUAUGUUGUGGACAGCAGUGACCGUGACAGAAUGGGGAUUUCUAAGUCUGAGCUGGUCGCCAUGUUGGAGGAAGAGGAGCUGAGGAAAGCCAUCUUAGUGGUCUUUGCAAACAAGCAGGACAUGGACCAGGCCCUGACCCCCGCAGAGGUAGCGAAAGCACUGGGACUUUCUGCACUCAAAGACAGAAAAUGGCAGAUCUUCAAGACGUCAGCCACCAAAGGAACAGGACUGGACGAGGGCAUGGAGUGGUUGGUGGAUGCCCUGAAGAGUCGACAGUGAGGCCCCUCCUUCCUUUUUGUACAUAUGCUCUUUGAUCCUGGUGUACCCCUUUGUGAC